CCCAAUAUCGAGUUCGGACGUCGCGUUUGUUUCAUUUGCGCUCAACUUACGCUUAUUCCCGAAAGCAACAAUUGAAUACAUCUCAUUCUCUAUCACACAAUACGACAUGAGACGAUUGACAGUGACAACUCUUGUUCAACAACUCUGGUUCGGCUAAUUCCUCGAUAUAUUGUGCAUUGUUGGUGGGUAUUUUGCUUCUUUGUCUUUCAGGUUCGUUAUAUUACAUAAUUGAGGUUUCAAAGACAUUUGGACAAUAACUUCAAGGCAAACAAACACUUGGUCGCUGUGCCGACAACACUGUUACACAUUGUGAGCUUUGUGAUUGGUGCGCUUUGUUCCCACUUGCUUCAUUGUUCAAAAUGCUUUGUGUUGUUGCAAUCCAUAAAUCGACUUGUUGUCGAGGUGUCUCUCAGCCUUACAAGACCGGGCAUGUAUAUAAAAUAUAAAUAUUCGUCAUCCAUUAUCAGAUCACUACCUACUCUCAUCCUCAUACCCAAAUCACAUCAAACCAACAAUAACCACAGGUGAGUCAACUAAAACCCCUACACAGAAGACCAAAAAAAGUCCCAGUGACGCGCUUCAAGUUUAGGCUUCAGUAUAUUUCAACCCUUUUUCCAACCGAUCUCAUUAUCAUCCUCACCCAUCAUGUGUACCAUCUCAAGCUCAACCGCUACUCAGCACACCCAGCGCGAUGCUGACGGUGACGUUCAGAUGAUGGAUGCAUAUCCCCCUGUCCAGCUCCAGGUGGAUACGGACGAAGACGAGAGGAUCUCCAACGCCUCCACCCUCAUCGAGAACCACGAUUGUGAGGUGGACGCAGACGGAGAUGUCGAGAUGACAGACGCCCAUGCGCUCGAUCGAGACGACGAGGACAAGGAAGAGAAGAUCAAAAGUAGCAGCAGCACCACCUCCAGCAGCGCGUCUUCUUCCGUUGGCAGGAUCACGGACGUCGACUCGGUCAAGCAAAUUGAGCGAUGGGCCGAGACGAACUCGGUCCCGAACGCCGCACUAACCAAGCCCUCCGCCGUCAAGUCGGUUAGCAUCAACGUUGGUCUUCUCAGAGUCCAGUACGAUGCCGAGGAGGGACACGUCGACAUCCAGGGUUACUAACGCCAACGCGAUAUCCAGAAUAUGGCCUGCGUAGCGCUUUUUCCCUCCAAAGGUGAGUUUAAAGCAACUUGACAUGUAUCGUUGCAGCUAAUUGUGAUGCAAAGAACCCGGCGUUCUAGGUAAGAAUAAAAAAAACAUCCUUAGUACUUUCCUGGCCAAUCAUAAUGUGAUCCCCUCUUCGUAUUUUGCGUAUUUGCAGUGACUAAGGUCUAGCUCUUGACUAGUCCAGUACCCGAGCACCCAGCAAGCCAACCAUCCCUAAACCUGCCCCCAGUUUACUUUGUAUACAGAUGAGACCUGGAUAGCAAGAUCAGAUCGAUCAGGCGCGAACUACCCGAUGGCAGCGCUUGAGCACAUUGGUCAAAAGUCCCGCCAACCUUCACCGAUUCCCUCCUCAACCGCCUCACAUCAUGAGAACUGGCUCCCAUCAUCAAGUUCAUCCGAUCCCUCCAAAGGGUUUGCUUGAGUUCCCACAAUCGAGGGUUCAAAGUCCCUCACGCGACGUCUAACUCAGAAUCAGACCAACCCACAGUGUUGGGACGAACCGCUUCAUCCGGCUUCUCGGGUUUGGAAACACGUACUAAGCCCUGGAGGGCAAUAGACACGAGUCGAAGAAAUGUUUACCAACUCUUUCUCUGUCAGGUAACAUGGUCCUUUUAGCCUCCACCUCGCCGAAGCGCAACGCGAUUAUUCAUCCCCCGGCUUUGCCUGCUUCCCUGGUCUUGCCAUCAACUAGCCAGUAGAGUCCGCGCGACGCACUAGGGGUGCCGGAUAUCUACAGUAAAUGAUCUGGAAUCCUGUGCUGAGCGGCCAAGUCCGUACUUCCAUUCCAGUUCUCACUAUUGACAGACAGGGAUGUGCCGUAUCAUAGUAGGAACAACAAAAAAGGCAGGUUGUGUAGCCGCAACGCUAUGGGAUUGACAGGAAUUCAAUCCCGA